AAGGGUCUGGAAAUAGCCAGGGUGAGAGAAGCUGUUAGAGGGACGGACAGGAAACAUCACCCUUUCAAGAGGGAGCAAGACCAGGGAUCCCAAGAAUCCACAGACAGCCUAAAGUUUCGAGAAGGGUGCACAGGCAGCAAGAGAAGGCAGGGACAGGGAGGACCACAGCCAAGGCAGGCACCGGAGCGCUGAGGGAUGAACUUCACCGUGGGUUUCAAGCCACCGCUAGGGGAUGCACACAACAUGGAGAACCUGGAGAAACAGCUCAUCUGUCCCAUCUGCCUGGAGAUGUUCUCCAAGCCCGUGGUGAUCCUGCCCUGCCAGCACAACCUGUGCCGCAAGUGUGCCAAUGACGUCUUCCAGGCAUCUAACCCUUUGUGGCAAUCCCGGGGCUCCUCAACUGUAUCUUCAGGAGGUCGUUUCCGCUGCCCAUCUUGCCGGCAUGAGGUUGUUCUGGACCGGCAUGGGGUCUACGGCCUGCAGCGGAACCUGCUAGUGGAGAAUAUUAUUGACAUCUACAAGCAGGAAUCCUCCCGGCCACUGCACUCCAAGGCGGAACAGCACCUCAUGUGUGAGGAGCAUGAAGAUGAGAAGAUUAACAUCUACUGCCUGAGCUGUGAGGUGCCCACCUGCUCUCUCUGCAAAGUCUUUGGUGCCCACAAAGACUGUGAGGUGGCUCCUCUGCCCACCAUUUACAAACGCCAGAAGAGUGAGCUGAGCGAUGGCAUCGCAAUGCUGGUGGCAGGCAAUGACCGUGUGCAAGCAGUGAUCACGCAGAUGGAGGAGGUGUGUCAGACCAUUGAGGACAACAGCCGCAGGCAGAAGCAACUGUUAAACCAGAGGUUCGAGACCUUGUGCGCUGUGCUGGAGGAGCGCAAGGGCGAGCUGCUGCAAGCGCUGGCCCGGGAGCAGGAGGAGAAGCUGCAGCGUGUGCGGGGCCUCAUCCGUCAGUACGGAGACCACUUGGAGGUUUCCUCUAAGUUGGUGGAGUCCGCCAUCCAGUCCAUGGAGGAGCCGCAGAUGGCUCUCUACCUCCAGCAGGCCAAGGAGCUGAUCAACAAGGUCGGGGCAAUGUCGAAGGUGGAGCUGGCAGGACGGCCGGAGCCAGGCUAUGAGAGCAUGGAGCAAUUCUCCGUGAACGUGGAGCACGUGGCCGAAAUGCUGCGGACCAUCGACUUCCAACCGGGCGCCGCGGGGGAGGAAGAGGAUGACGAGGUGGCUUUGGAAGGAGACGAGAGCAACGCAGGGCUGGAGGAGGAACGGCUGGACGGGCCAGAAGGCCUGCACUGACUAGACCCUGAUUCAGAGCGCGAGCCCGCAGUGGGAGGCAAGGCAUGCUGAGGCUCUGUUCAAAGACCACCGCGCAACCCAGCUGGGCGUCCCGCCCCCAGGAAGGGUCUCAAUAAAGGACUCUAGCGUCCCACA